AUGUCAGCUUCCAUGUCUCAUUCAGGUUUGUCUUCAUCCAACACGUCAGGUAUUCCUUCAUCCUUGUGGAUUUUGGAUUCUGGUGCAUCUCUUCACAUGUCACCACAUUUUUCAUCUUUUGCUUCAUUAUCUUCUCAUCCACCUGUCUCUGUUAUGUUUGCUAGUGCUACACCCAUGUCAGUAGAGGGUGUUGAUUCUAUUGUCACUCCUUAUAUAUCUUUAACAAAUGACAUUCAGUAUCGGAGGGUGAUUGGGAUAGGCCGUAGACUUGGGGAGCUUUAUGUCUUGGAGCAGCUACAUGUUGCUGAUGUUGCUGCAUCUAGUGUCGAUUUGUCAUCUUUUCGUUUAAACCCUUCAUCGUCUCCUUUUUAUCUUCGACAUUCUCGUUUAGGACAUGUGUCAGCGUCUCGUUUACAAUUUUUGGUUUCCACUGGUGUGUUAGGCUUUUUGAAAUUUGAUGAUACUUCUGAUUGUUGUGGUUGUAAACUGGGAAAAUUUUCUGCUUUACCGUUUAAUAAAAGUGUCACUCGUUCUGUUGCUCCCUUUGAUAUUGAGGAGAAUUUACUUCCAAUGAUUUUAAACAAUUAUUGGCAUCUGAUGGCACUCUACAUCAAUCAUCUUGUACAGACACUCCUCAACAGAAUGGGAGAAUCUGUUCAUGCCGCCACUUAUGUUAUUAAUCGCAUUCCUACUGCGUACACUUUGGGGAAGUCUCCUUAUGAAAUGUUGUUUGGACAACUCCCAGAUUAUUCUUCAUUACAAAAAGGUUGUCGGUGCUACGAUCCUUCAAAUCAGAAACUUUAUGUAUCUCGCAAUGUAACCUUUUUGGAGCAUAUUUCAUUCUAUAGCAUUCCUGUUCAGUCACAUGAUGCAACCCGAGAGGAGCUUCGUACUAUUGAUCCGUUUAGCAUUGACAUUAAUGAUCCACCACAUGCGGCUGAUCCAACACCUAUCGUUGAUCCUCUGCCUGCAAAUCAUCAAGACCCCCCUCCACCGAGGCCUUAUCGUAAUAAGAAGUCCACAAAGCUUCCUGACUUUGUCUAUUCCUCAUACUCACUGGCUUUUGCCUCUUUUAUUGCUAAUGUACAUCGUCUCUCUGAGCCAACAUCCUAUAAAGAGGUCGUUUAUGAUCCCCUUUGGCAGACCGCUAUGGCUGAGGAACUUGCAGCUCUUUAUCAGAUUCAUACAUGGGAUCCAGUUCCGCUUCCACCCGAAAAACACACAAUUGGUUGA